UGAGAAGCUUCCAUGUCCACCACAGCACCGCCGCUCUUUCCUUCUUCUAUAGCUUCUCGUACCUUCCAGAACAUUCAAUUCCCUCCCCAUAAAUUACACGGCAGCACCCAUGUCUCCUGCCAAAACACCAACCCACACGCACUCCUCGAUCGCAUCACCUGCCGCCCUCUGCCGGAUGGGGCACCCCGCGGCCGUCACGGUCAAGCAGGAGGAGGAGGACGACGACGAAGUGGUGGUGGUGGUGCUGGACGCCGACGCCGACACCGGCGGGCGAGCAGCCGCGGCGCCGGCGCCGGAGCCGUGGCAGCCGCCGGCGGCGCCUGCGGUUCCACCGUUCGUGGCGAAGACGUUCGAGCUGGUGGAGGACCCGGCGACGGGCAAGUCAGGGAAUCCCGAUUGCGUGUCGUGGGGCGCGGCGCGGAACAGCUUCGUGGUGCGGGACCCGCACGCCUUCGCGGCGGAGCUCCUGCCGCGCCGCUUCAAGCACGCCAACUUCUCCACCUUCCUCCGGCAGCUCAGCACCUACGUGCGUACUCAUGUCUGCUGUUCGAUCGUGCGUGCGCAGGGAUUCCGCAAGGUGAGCCCGGACAGGUGGGAGGAGUUCGCGCACGCCGACUUCCUCGCCGGCCAGCGCCACCUCCUCGCCAACAUCCGCCGCCGGCGCCGCGGCGGCGCCGCUGGAGGAUCGCCCAGGACGGCGAAGGCCAGCGCGGCAGGCGGCGGCGACCGGGAGAAGGAGGAGGAGCUCGAGAGGCUGUGGCGCGACCGCGAGGCGCUGGCGCGGGAGCUGGCGCGGCUGCGGCGCGAGCAGCAGGAGGCGCGCGCGCAGCUGCUGGACGUGGAGCACCGCGUGCGGGGCACGGAGCGCAGGCAGGCUGCCUUCCUCGCGCGCGCCGUCGGGGAGCCCGUGGAGACCGGCAGGAAGCAGCGGCGGCGGCGGCUCGGCGCCGACGACGCCGCGUCGACGCCGGACGUGGCGGAUGUGGUCGCGUUCGUGGAGCUGGCUCUCGCGGCGGGAGCCGAAGCCAAGGCGGCUCACGUCCCGGCCGCGACCGCGGCCCAGAGCACGGGCGCCGCCACCGUGGACAUGAUGAUGUGGAAUGGAUUGCUGGGGGAGGAGCCGGUGGCGAUCGACGCCAUGGUGGAGGAGCUCGCCGCUGCCGCCGUGGAGCCGUGGGAGGAGAUGGGCGAGGAGGAGGCUCUCGAGCUGGUGCGGCAGAUAGAUUGCUUGGCGUCACCGAGUUGCUAAUGAUAACGUAAGCCAUGUUGCUGCUGUCACUGUCAGUGUGGAAGUUGUACAAUGUAUAGGUGUGGAGCGCCAUGUUGAGGUCGAUGGAUUCAGCAGCCUUCGGGGGGCUUGCUGCGUAGAAGGUUCUGAGGAGAUUAGUAGAAGUGGCUGUUUCCGGUUCUUGGAAUUUAUUCUUGCGACGAAAGUUUCUUGGAGUCCUUCUCUUAU